AUGGUCGGCUUCGCAGAUAAGCUCAAGAACAGCGUCGCAGGCGUGAGAGAGCAGAUGAAAGACACCAAUCUCUACGACGCCAAAGUCUCCGCCCUCCACUUCAAAAACAAAGUAGGCAAGUUCGGCAACAUCAUCAAUUCGAACCACCGUCACGACGAGGCCCAUGAAAAAGCUACGGACGACAAACGAACAAAGAUAGCUCAGUCGCACCGCUUUGAGUCUUUUGCGCCAGAAAGAGAGGGCAACAAAAUUAAGUGGUAUGUCGACGGGCGCGACUACUUCCAUGCAGUCUCGGUCGCCUUGGAACGCGCGAAAGAGACCAUCUACAUCGAGGAUUGGUGGCUGAGUCCGGAACUCUUCCUCCGUCGACCACCUUACUACAAUCAGCAAUGGCGGCUGGAUCAGGUCCUGAAGCGAGCUGCUGAGCGCGGUGUCAAGAUCUACGUCGUCGUGUACAAAGAAGUUGAGCAGGCUAUCAGUUGUAACUCCGAGCAUACAAAACACGCGCUCCAUGCCUUGUGCAAAGAAGGGCAGCCAGGCUAUGGCAACAUUAAGGUCAUGCGCCAUCCGGAUCAUAACGUCUUCGAGAACGCUGGCGACAUGACCUUCUAUUGGGCGCAUCAUGAGAAGUUCAUUGUCAUUGACCAUGAGCUUGCUUUCAUUGGAGGAUUGGAUCUGUGUUUUGGCAGGUGGGACAACAAACAGCAUCCCCUGGCGGAUGUGCAUCCAGCCGGUGUGAGGAACGAGAUGUUUCCAGGGCAAGACUACAACAACAAUCGCAUCAUGGACUUCAAAAAAGUCGACGACUGGAGUCAGAAUGAGAUUUCCAAGGCAGACUUUGGGCGAAUGCCGUGGCAUGAUGUUGCCAUGGCGGUAGUCGGCGAUUGCGUGUAUGACAUUGCAGAGCAUUUCGUUCUUAGAUGGAAUUUCGUAAAGCGUGACAAAUACAAGAGAGACGCGAAGUUCGAUUGGUUGACGUUGGAGGGUAGAGAGGGUGAAUACGAAGAUCUGAUCGCCGUACAGAGGCCGAAGCAUCCUGUAGGCGAGUAUAUUCAUCACCCUAGAACACCACUCGCCGGUCGAGUGUGGGCGAACGAGAAUCAAGGGACUGUCAAGGCGCAGCUUGUCCGCAGUUCAGGGGACUGGUCUUCUGGAAUAUUGACAGAGCAUUCAAUACAAAAUGCCUACUGUGAACUCAUCCGCAACGCCCAGCAUUUCGUCUACAUCGAGAAUCAAUUCUUCAUCACAGCUACCAGCGAAAACCAAUCACCCAUCCACAAUCAGAUCGGUCGCGCGAUCGCCGACGCGUGCAUUAAAGCAGGAAAGGAAGGCCGCAAGUUCAGAGUUAUCAUCGUCAUCCCAGCUAUUCCCGGCUUUGCUGGUGAUCUCCGCGAUGAUGCCGCCAUGGGAACACGAGCAAUCAUGGAUUACCAGUACAAAUCAAUCAACCGAGGCGAGAACUCCAUCUUUGGUCAGAUUAAGAAAGAGGGCAUUGAUCCUACCCAGCAUGUCUUCGUCUUCAAUCUCCGCGCAUACGACCGCUUGAACCGCACCCCUGGUAUGCAAGCCCAAGAAGAGAAAUCCGGCGUCACUUAUCAACAGCUCCAGAAAGCGCAAGCUGAGGAGAUUAUGGGCGGCAGUCUCCCCAACUCGACGGAUGACAAUCCUGGCGGUGGCGACGAACAUAAAGCGGAGCUGGAGGAACAAAGCCGGAGGUUUGAAGCUGCAAGAGAGAAUGUGGAUCUCAAUGCAGACCCAAAAUUGGACCAGGAUACCAUCAGCAAUUGCAUGAUGUUGAAUGGCGGAAAGGUCUCUGAGCAGCCUUGGGAGGGUGGUGAUUUGAACAAGGAGAAGGAGAAUUUUGUCCAGGAAGAGCUGUACAUCCACGGCAAGCUGCUGAUUGUGGACGACAGGAUCGUCGUCUGUGGGUCCUCGAACAUUAACGAUCGCGUAAGUCCUCCUCUCGCCCCCUACCCUUCCCUCAGUCCCAUAGACCUCCCACUACCACACCAGCGCCAAGCUAAUUCCACCCACCAUCCACAGUCCCAACUCGGCUUCCACGACUCCGAACUCUCCAUCGUAAUGGAAGACACGCACCUGAUCCCCUCCACCAUGAACGGCCAGCCCUACCAAGCAGGCCACCAUGCCGCCACCCUCCGCCGCAAUCUCUGGCGCGAACACCUCGGGCUCCUCCCCGCCCAGGACGGCGACGCCAGCGACGAAGCCAAUGCCCAGCCCCCUGAGAUCCCCAACGAUUGCGGCGAGAACGAUCCGGAGUAUAAAUUCGUGGAGGAUCCGCUCGGUGAAGAAGUCUGGGGGAUGUGGACGACGAAUGCGGAUGAGAAUACGAAGUUGUAUAGGCAUCUCUUUAGGGCGGAUCCGGAUGAUAAUAUCAAAACAUUCGACGACUACGACGCCUUCGUCCCACGCCACACCAAGUUCCGCCAAGGCCAUCUACACGACCCCUUCAUGGACCCUGUCGAGGUCAGGGAGAAACUCGAUAAGAUCAGGGGUCAUCUCGUCUGGAUGCCGCUUGAGUUCCUGCGGGAUGCGGAAAUGGCGGAGCGUGGGUUGCAGGUUAAUGCUUAUACUGAGAGUGUGUAUACGUGA